UUGCCCUUCUCCUCUCCAUUUUCCUUUAUAUGCACCAUCGCAUCAUCACAUCUUCUUCACAAGAACAAGAUCAAGAAGAGCAAAACAUGGCAGAGAAAGAGAAGCCUGCAAGUACUGCAUUAACUCCGAAGAAGCCCACCAAGCCUGAGUUGCCUCCGGUACCGGAUUGCUGCGCUCAACCAUCCUACCAGUGGUUGUGUGCUAGCAAGAAGUGUGCAUCGUGCGGGACGGUGACCAUGUUGACCAUGCAAUAUUGCCUGCCACCUUCUCCGCCACCACUUCCUGGCCAUGCUUGUUGCUCUGGCUGUGCCCAGUUGAGGAUCUGUCAAUCUCACUGUGGUUGUGGUUGUGGUUGUGGUUGUGGCCAGACUAAACCUUGCCAACGUCGCUGUGGUGGUGGUUGUGCUCAAUCUAAGCCUUGCCGAUCUUCCUGUGGUUGUGGCCAGUACCAUAAAACUUAACCUCACUGCAUGCAUGUUGCUAGCUGUGGUUAUUGUGAUGGGGACUCCAAAACAACUCUCUACUUUAUCUAAAUAAGUUGAGGAUAACCCAUAAAUCCUAUAUAUGGAUCAUGAUGUGACCAACCAGAUUGCUCUUAUUCCAUGUCUUCCUCAGUGUGCUAUCAUGCAUUUGAGUUCAUAUGUUUUAUUUUAUUUUGUUGUUUUUUUUUAUGCUUUGCAUCUGUUGUUGGUGGAGUACACGAUCCAGUACUUAUCCCGUUUAUUCUGCUAGCCGCAGUCUUGAUUGGUCUUGUUAAUUUGAUUAUGCUUUGAAUGUUUUGUAAUUGUGUCUUUCUAUUAAAUAUAAUUGUGAUUUAAUGUGA